AUGACUCACAGUGACGCAUUAGACCAGUAUAAGGCCGCGGAAGCGCUACUUAAAUACGUCUAUUCGGGCAUACUUGGCCCUACUAAGGGAAUGGCCGUGGAUUACGCUGUGAUGCAAACGACGGACAGCACAUUUACCUUUUCGGUGACGCUCGAGCCUGUUCAUAAUCCGCCAAACUUUCUCGAUAGGUAUCAGAUCGAGGUUGAUAGACGAAGUGGGAAGCUAUCUGCCCCAAAGAAGAUCGAGAUCACGGACGAGAACAUGCAAAAAGCUGUUUUGGCUGCAACAGGUGAGACGGUUGCAUCCUCUAAUAGAUUCACGGACGGGGGUUUCAGCAUCUCAUAUAAAGUAACUCCGAUGCACAAGCCCGGUACUGCCUUUGUUGUCCAGCUGCGCUUUCACGGCAAUGUCGCAUCCAUGGACGCCUUCAUGAAGUUCGUUCGCGUGAACAGUAGCCCAGGUAUAAUCCCAAUGCCAGCUGUUUACUCUAUACCGGGUGAGGCAGAACAUCAACGGGCCACAGGAUUCGGAAGGCAGAUAACGGAGUUCGUACCUGGGAUUAUAGCAGAGCGAGUUUAUCCCGACAUGUCUCAUGCGAACAAACUCGACCUCGUGCGCAACAUGGCCCUGGCCUGGCAGGCCUGCUGGGACCUACCCCUUCCAUCGCCUCGCCAGAUAGGCGAACUAAUCGCUCUAGACAAUAACGGCAGCAUCAGCCUUUCUGUUGGACCUGACCGGCACUUUAGUCUCGGGGGGCCCUUCACAUCCGUGCGCGAAUGGCUUAGAGCCCGGCUUCAACAUGCCGUUACCAGCUUGGGGAGAGCAAAUGGCAUCGAUGACUACAAGGAAAAGUACAUGGCUUCUAUCCAAGAAUUCGUGGACAACAUGCUGGACCAAAUUCCUCAAACAGUAGAGGAAUGUCCAAUCGUUGCUCUGCACGUUGAUAUGGGUCUUCAUAAUGUGCUUUUAUCAGCGGACGACCACAAGCAAAUCAACGCCAUAAUUGAUUGGGAACUCUGCGCUAGCGCUCCGUUUCUUGCGGCUCACACAUGCCUUGAAAUGCUCUUCCGAAUGGGAGCUUCAAAUGGCUUUGGAGCUGAGUAUCCGCAAGCGGAUCAGCUUCGCAGCGCUUUCUGGGAUUCAAUUCCUAAAUGGAAGGCUUACUGGGAGAGUCAAGGGGCAAAGGACUUUAUGGAAUGGUUUCGAUUUGCUCUUUUUAUGCAACCCGAAUACUGCUCUAGCAAGAAACCUAGAGCUGAAAAAAUGGAGUUCUGGGCGGAGAAUAUUCGCGUUGUCGAGGGCAUGUUGAAGAAGUAUAGUGUAGGGAAGAACUGA